CGGGAGCCGCUGCUUCUGCCGGGGAACGGCUGCGUUUGGCCCGGGAGCUGCCGCUCGGUGCCUCCCUUGCCCUGGCUGUUUCGGUGCUGUGACACCCCGGUCUAACAGCACCCCGAAGAAUUUGGGGUACAGCUCACCCCUCCAGCACCCCGAAGAAUUUGGGGUACAGCCAGCUAUCUGCCAAACACCUUGGUGGAGUUUGGGUGCUCGCUAAGCUUCGUGGACUUGUGAAACUUAUGGCAAAAAAUACUGCCGAAGAAAUUAUUCUGUUGACUUGAGGAGCAGUGCUGGAGGAGCGCCCUGUGGGCCUGGAGGUGAUCUGGGGCCAGCUGUGAGCUGAAGCUCCUGCUGCAGCCCCAGCCCAUGGGCAGGAGCAGCCCUCUCCAGGGGUUUCCCUUUGUGUUUCCUGCCCCUCUCCUGCUCUUGCCUGCCGGGAUGCAGCCUGGUGGCCUUUGGUUUUUGCUGAGGAGGGGCACUCGGCACCCUCGGUCACGCUGUGGGAUGGGCAGUGGGCAGCACGGGGCUGGCAGCAGUGUCUUUGUGCUCCAGCUGCUCUCCGUGCCUCUGGCAGCUGGAUCACAGCAAGGAUGAUCAGGUGUAGCCUGGGCAAUACCGAGCCUAUUCCUCGGGCUCACACCGAGCAGAGCCCUUCCCGCUCAGCCUGUGCUGCUCUCCCUCCAGACCUGCUGGUUCCCAGGGCCCCCUGCGGGUCUCCUCAGAUUUGGGAGCCCUGUGGCAGUGAGGUCUGGCUGUAGGGCUGAGCCUUGGGGUAUUUGACUGGACCAUCAUCAUCAUCGUGGUGACAAAAAGGGCCCUGCUGGUGACACUGCAGGGCUGGAUUGGGUCACCCAGAUCAUGUCCCUGUCACUCUUGUCCUUGCCUCACUGCCCAGCCUGGUCCUGACCCAGGGAGCAGAAAUUUGUGGUGCCACCACUCCUGGAACAUGGGAAGGGAUGAAGAUGUGCAUCUCAAGUGCCCUGGCAGGGGCUGGAGUCAGGGCAAGAUUCAGGAUCUCUCCUCACACACCUUGGGGCACUUUGGGACCCGUGCUGCUUUGCCCAGACCUGGCUGCUGUGGCAGGUGGGGACCAGGGAGGACACAGAUGUCCUGUCCUGUGCAGGCUGAGAUGGGACACAGGCACUUGGAUACAACUUCUCCUACUUCUUUUCUUCAGUUUCUCUCCUUCAGAUGCCCUAAUUUAACCCUUUCACAAAGGAGCAGCAGCAGCCUGUCAGGCUGCAAAAUCAAAGCCCUGCGUGCCAAGACCAACACGUACAUCAAGACUCCGGUCAGGGGCGAGGAGCCCGUGUUCAUCGUCACGGGCAGGAAGGAGGACGUGGAGAUGGCCAAGCGGGAGAUCCUCUCGGCCGCCGAGCACUUCUCCAUGAUCCGGGCCACGCGCAACAAGGUCAACGGGCUGACGGGGGCCUUGCAGGGGCCCCCCAACCUGCCGGGCCAGACCACCAUCCAGGUGAGGGUCCCCUACCGCGUGGUGGGGCUGGUGGUGGGACCCAAGGGCGCCACCAUCAAGCGCAUCCAGCAGCAGACGCACACGUACAUCGUGACGCCCAGCCGGGACAAGGAGCCCGUGUUCGAGGUGACGGGCAUGCCCGAGAACGUGGACCGGGCGCGCGAGGAGAUCGAGGCGCACAUCACCAUGAGGACAGGCUCCUUCAUCGACGUCAACGCCGACAACGACUUCCACUCCAACGGCACCGACGUCUGCCUCGACCUGCAGGGCGGCGCGGCCGCCCCGUGGGCCAAGGCCCCGCACCCUGCCCAGCGCCCCUCGGCCGCGCUGCGCAACGACAGCCUCAGCUCCCUGGGCAGCGGCUCCACCGAGUCCUUCUACAGCGGGCGCGUGGCGGCCGCCAGCCCCACCAGCCCCUACAGCACCUUCAGCGAGCCCCCGGCCCCGCUGGGCUCCGACGAGUGCGACUUCGGCUUCGACUUCCUGGCCCUCGACCUCACCACGCCCACCACCACCAUCUGGUCACCCUUCGAGCGCUCGGGCAACCCCCUGCAGGCCUUCAGCAGCUGCUCCUCCAUCAACAGCUCGCAGAGACGCAACAGCGGCCCGGCCACGCCGCGCCACUCGCCCACGCUGCCCGAGAGCGGGGCGGCGGCGCUGGAGCACCCCUCGGCGCGGCGCAUCCCCAGCGACCCCGCCGGCGCCCUGGCCUGGCUGCCCGCCCAGGGCUCGCUCUCCUCCUUCUCCAACAGCACCGGCUACUCCUCCUCCUCCUCGCUGCCCGGCAGCAUCUCGGCCGCCUCGGGCUCGCCCACCGACUCCAGCAGCUCGGACGGGCACCGCAAGAGCUCCCGGGAGUGCAUGGUGUGCCUGGAGAGCGAGGUGAUGGCCGCGCUGGUGCCCUGCGGCCACAACCUGUUCUGCAUGGAGUGCGCCCUGCGCAUCUGCGGCCGGGCGCAGCCGCAGUGCCCCGCGUGCCACGUGCCCGCCACCCAAGCCAUCCACAUCUUCUCCUAGCGCGGGGGCUCGCCCGGCGGCCUCGCCCUCCACCCCAACACCGCGGCGUUUUAAGGACUUUCUACUGUUGAAAUCGAGCUUUUUAUUUAAUACCAGAUGCGACGGGCGCAGGGGCGGGAGGGGGGAGAGGCG